UUGCCCCGGCACGGCCGAAUGAAGGAGCGCUGUAACCUCAGAGAAGCCCUAGGGAGGUCAGGUGAGGGGUGUAACGCGAACAAGCGGGGUGCGAACUGAGCGCUGUGUGACCCAGACGAGAUAAAGAACAAACGUGACGGGUUCGGAACACUGUGACGCUGUGCCUGCCCCAGAACGGAGGUCAAGACGACGAGGAAGACCCGGAAGGACCAAAAAAAAGGACUUCGAAUAAGGGUGCGGCUGUGUAAACCAAACUGAUGAGGUGAGCAGUGGGUAUGGAUAUGGACAGUGUUUCUUCAGGCUCUUCCCUGCAGUGCCUUGCCAAAUUACUCCGUGAUGCUCAAGAAGAGGAGGAGGAGGAGGAUGUGAAUUGGUUGGUCCAUUUGCCUUUUUUGCAGUCACGCUGCAGUUCUGUCGGUGCCAUGACUCCUGGGAGUAUUGGACCAGUAAAGAAAGAGACCACUGGUACUUUUCAAAUGAAAUCUGAAAACAGGAAAACUAUUUGGAAUACAGAGGAGGUCCCAGAAGGAUCUGAGUUUGAUGAUACCUGGGACCCCAGGGAACAGCCAGAGUAUGAGAUUUUAUUCAAGCAGUCUGUGGGAACAGAGGAUGUCUUCUUUGGGAUGACAGGGAAGGACCCCUCCACCGCCUGCUGUGAGGAUAUAGUGAUUAAAAUCAAGCUGCCAGAGACAAAGUACUCAGACAUCACAUUAGAUAUCCAGGACAAGGUUCUUGACCUUCGAACUCCCAAAAAGAAGCUGCUGCUGCACCUCCCCUACCCUGUCAAGAGCAAGGAGGGUAGAGCUCGUUUUCUCUCUGAAGAGGAGAUCUUGGAAGUCACCUUGAGAGUAUCAAGGCAGUUUGAUUUCAUAAAUUUUUCUGACGGAUAGAGAGAUAGAGAAAGUUUGACAAAACUAAUCUUCUGGUGUGAAGUCUCCUUGAAACCCAACUUGUCAUGAAAUAGUAGAUUGUUUCCCUUGAACAGUCCAGGGGGAAUAUCUCUGGAGAAAGGAGUCAGGAGGGACAGGGCACCCACAGGUACUAAAAGCUGAGCCUGUCUGGUUCUUGUGCUGCUCUGGUUAACUUUCUGUUUCCUUCAGUCUGAUACAGGCUCUGUGAAUUAGACAGUGGGAGAUUACAGUUCUGUCAGCCAGAGAAAGCCUUUUGUGUGGCUGUGGCUGAGAGGUAGCACAGUGAGUGUCUGGUCAAUGAGUCCAGUGCUCAGCUACUGUUUCAAGACUUUCAAGUGUUAAUAUCCUUGCCUGGUCCCCAGUGCUGUGGCUGGGGCCAGUUCAGAAUCUCCUUUCACCCUUGGUGAGAAGAUCAUCAAAGCUCUUCAGGGAUCCAAAUCCACAUCUGAGGCUCCUUUACGCUGGCAGAACAAGUUAACCAACUACAAUUGGAUUGUUGAACGUCUCGGCUCUUUUGAACAAUUUUUGACAAUGUAUGGUUCAGUGUCUUCCAUUCACCUGCUGUCCCUCCAGCUAUUUUUCUGAUCUUUCCUGAUUAAUAAAAUAAUAUGUUCUAAGGAAGAGUUCCAGUUACCUCUGACUCUGCCUUCUCUCUAUUAUGUCCCCAGAGACCUCCUAAAAGUUGAGAUAAGAGGAGCUUUGCAUAACAAAGCAUUACUCAAAGGGCUGAAAGGCUGCAAAAUCUGUUCUUUGGCCUUCAGGACCAAUCUAGAGCUACAGAGAUGGGUAACCAAGAUGUUUCUCUCACCAGCUUCGGGGCAAAUAUAUUCUUUUAACAUUGUUAAUCCUGCAGAAUACAAAGGUACUUGCUCGGUGAUCAAAGUGGAGAGGACAAGCAGGCCCUGGCAUGUUAAUGGUACACUUAACCCAAACUUGUAAGCACUUUCAGAGCAAAAUGGCUCAGAGUCCUGCAUUCUUUUGGUGCAGAAGUAGAGGAGAAUAACUGACCAUCUAGGUUGCAGACAGCACCCAUGCAGCUAAAUUUGUGGCAAGCUGUAAUGAGAAGAUGGAUUGAAGACACUAAUAGUGAGUUUAUAGGUAUAUUUUCUGUUUUUUUCAGGAAUUUUCAGAAUUCGCAGUAUCUUUUUAAUAAGACUGCAUUAUAACACCAGGAAAAAUGAAGCUAGUGUCUGGACAUUUCAACCACUUCCCUGAAAAGUGGACCCAUUGCUUGGGUCAGAAUAAUUCUAAUCAACUUCUGCUUUAGCCUUAAUGGACUGGAAAGCAGAUGCCUCAGUUAUGAUUCAUCACAAGCUAUUAAAUAUGCCAAUAACACUCAGGGGCUACUCCAAUUUGUAUUUGCUUAAGUUUCCAUAAAUUACAUUUGAAUGUCUCUUAUUCCAAAGCUGUGGUUGAGGGGAACAAUGUAGAUGUACAAAAAGGCUGAGAUCACUCCUCCUGACUCACUUUUUCCCUGCUGUGCUUGCCAAACAAGCUGUUUCUUGGAAAAAGGUUAUCUUUGUGGUCCCUAGACAAUAUGCUGCUUCGUUUUUGCAUCCCUUAUACACAUUACAAGAAAAGUGGAAGAUUGACUGAUUUAUACACAUGUGAAGAUAACAUUUGUCCAAAUUAUUUCAGUGUCUCCAUGGCAAAGCAGAUGCUCUUCUGAGCCCUAUUCCAUUGCUCUAUCCACAAGGUUAUGUUGCCUUUAUAGCUGGCAGUAGUAAUUUACUAAGCCUUACAUCAUCAAGCUCUGCUUAAUUUAAUGUCAGUGUUUGAUACUGAAAACAAUGGUGAGUUUGGCUCCUUGUGCCUCUCUCCAGUGUUUUAGUUUCUUAUGGAAAUGAGCCUAUGCCACACUG